CAAGGCGCAGGCGGCCGCGAUGCUGGUGCGCCCCUGGAAGUACUUUGGGCGUGUGCUGUGCCUCCUUCUCGGAUGGGUUUUUUGCGCCGUUUUUGCCGUCCUGUGCCACGUGUUGCAGCAUUCCGUGGACCAAGAAAGUUACCAGGGCGAGGCGGCUAUUCUGAGAAAAAACUGUCUCAGUUGUCGACGCAUCACAGUUCAUUAUUUUCCGUGUGAUGCUGUUGAGCAAGCUUGUACUGCUGAAUCUGCAAAGUAGGCUUGGGACUGUACUGAGACAGUUUUUUCUCACGAUAGCGGCCGGCGGGCGGUUGAUCCCGAAGGCCGCCAGUCUUCUGUUGCCCCGGGCGGUGUAUCUGUCCGAGGUUCUUGCCAUGCUCUUUGUUUUCGGCUUGCCCCUGUGGCCCCUCCUCGGCGCGUUGCAGGCGCAAGAAGGUAACGACGCGUACGUCUUGCACCCAGGCAGUGUAUCCUAAGGAAAAACGUCCCCACACCAGAGUCAAGAUGAGGAUUUUGCAACACAAACCUUGAAGUUUUGGGAGCCACGCAUGCCAAAUUGCAGGCUGUAUUGUAAUGCAGUUUAGCAAGGGAUGUCGCAUUACAAAUCCAUCUGCUUAUCCUGUUUACAGCAUUACAAGUUCCAGAACACGAUCGGGAAUGCCUAUCAUGGGGAUGCGCAUUACAAAUGCACUUGUGCUUGCAGAUCUGCAUGACAACUCUGGGGUGGGGAUUUUUUUACACAGGAUACAGUGUUUUCGGAACGACGAAACGGGAUCCCUUCGGGACGAUUGCCGACGGGGUAAAUAGCAUCGUAGCCUCCGCGUGGGUUUGGAACCCGAGCUGCGGCACCUACUCGGACUACCUGAUUCCCUUCUACAACAGCACAGCCCAGGCGGACGCCGGCUGCGAUGGUUGGACCGGUAGGUGGUGGCAAAUGCCUUACAAGGUCGCUUUCAACGAGAGCUAUUCUUCGGAAGAUCAAGCUUACAAAGCCGGGUUGGGAGACUGGUGACUGAGUGGAAAUGGUUUUUAAUUUCUUGAUGCUGAGGUAUGUAAGUAUAAGUACUUAAUGCCUCGUUUGAUGACGGCGAAUAUUAGGUACAAUUUUACCUUCGUACACACAAUCCGCUACGGUGGAGCAAAACGGUAAAAACAGAGGAAUCGUUUCAUGCUUUUCUGUACUCUAGUCGGGAGCUGCGGAAUGAUUCGUCUACAUCAAGAAGAAGUAUUAGCUCGACUACAUUUUGCUCCUGCUAGGAACAAUUUUUGAUUGUGGAAACAUUGUGGAUCCUCUUUUGGCAGCGGUAUCAGGUAAAUUUGCUAGGGGGCCGGAGAAGUCGCUUCUGUGAGAACCACUUUUAUAGAUAUUAUCUAUAAAAGUGGUUCUCACAGAUUUUUAGAAUUCUCUGAUAAGUACUCACUCCA